AUGGUGUCCGCAAAGUUGCUUUUGACGGCAUCAAUUCUUAUCACCUCUUUGCUCUCUGCAAAUACCCAAAUGUUGGAAUAUAUUUAUCCUGGAUUCAUCACCAUGUACUACAGUCAGGUGCCCACAAAGGAGGGCUAUCGAUUCAAGCAGGACGAGCCGAAUGGCAGUAUACGUGAGGAGAUUGGCAUUAUUAUGAAUCCCGGUACAGCGGAUGAGGAAUUGGUGAUAAUGGGCAUGUACACGGCCUAUGACGAGAAGAGCGAUACUGAGACAAUGACGAUAUAUACAGCCGAUAAAAAUGGUUACAAAACGCGUGUUAAGGUGAUGAAGCGUGGAUUCAGUGCCAAGCUCUUAAUGUCAUUGGCCAAAGGCAGUAAAUAG